GUCGUAUUUUGUAGUGACACUCACACCCGGCCUCCCUCCGCCGGAGAAAGGGCCCUGGAGCAGUGUGGCAAGAAGUUGGGGUACAGGGAGGGCCUCGGGUGCUGGGCGGGGGCGCAGCGCGGGGUGGGGGAGGAGGCGGGGGGCGCGAGGCGGCACCCGCGAGCCCGGGGACAUGGCGCGGCCGGACGACGAGGAGCGGGUGGCUGCAGCGCCAGGGCAGGCCCCUGCACAAGGAUACCUGCCUGUCCCCGGGGCCUCGCCGGACGCGAAGAUGGGCGCGGAGUCGCAGAGCGAGCCCGAAGCCUGCUGCCUGGCCCUGAAUGGAGUCCCUCGGGACAGCCCCGCGGCUGCCUCGGGAGCCCUGGGCAGCCCGCGGGUUCAGCUGGCGCCAGAGGAGGAGACCCAGGUUCGGCUGCUGCCCACGGACCCCGGGAAGGAGACCCCAGGGGCCGAGGGCUCGCCGCUGCCCCGGACCGCGCUCUCCCCGCGGCGCUUUGUGGUGCUUCUGGUCUUCAGCUUGUACUCGCUGGUCAAUGCCUUCCAGUGGAUCCAUUAUAGUAUCAUCAGCAACGUCUUCGAGGGCUUCUACGGCGUCUCCUCGCUGCACAUCGACUGGCUGUCCAUGGUGUACAUGCUGGCCUACGUGCCCCUCAUCUUCCCGGCCACAUGGCUGCUGGACACCCGAGGCCUGCGGCUCACCGCCAUGCUGGGCUCCGGCCUCAACUGCCUGGGCGCCUGGAUCAAGUGCGGCAGUGUGCAGCAGCAUCUGUUCUGGGUCACCAUGCUGGGCCAGUCCGUGUGCUCCGUGGCCCAGGUGUUCAUCCUGGGCUUGCCCUCCCGCAUCGCCUCAGUGUGGUUUGGGCCCAAAGAGGUGUCCACAGCGUGUGCCACCGCCGUGCUAGGCAAUCAGCUCGGAACUGCGGUUGGUUUUUUGCUGCCACCAGUUUUAGUGCCCAACACACUGAAUAACACAGAUCUUUUGGCUCGUAAUAUCAGUACCAUGUUUUAUGGAACAUCAGCUGUCGCCACACUUUUAUUUGUUUUAACAGUGAUUGCAUUCAAAGAAAAACCUAACUGUCCGCCCAGUCAGGCCCAAGCAGCCCUCCAAGAUGCCCCACCUGGCGAGUACUCCUAUAAGAAAUCAAUAAGGAACCUGUUCAAAAACAUUCCUUUUGUCCUUCUACUGAUCACUUAUGGUAUCAUGACUGGAGCAUUUUAUUCAGUUUCAACAUUAUUAAAUCAGAUGAUACUGACAUAUCAUGAGGGAGAAGAGGUGAAUGCUGGGAAGAUUGGGCUAACACUAGUGGUAGCCGGAAUGGUGGGCUCCAUUCUUUGCGGCUUAUGGCUGGAUUAUACCAAAACAUACAGACAGACUACUCUGUUAGUUUACAUUCUGUCUUUCUGUGGAAUGAUCACGUUUACCUUCACCCUGGACCUCGGACACAUCGUCCUCGUGUUUGUCACCGCAGGGGUGCUUGGUUUCUUCAUGACUGGUUACCUCCCCUUGGGCUUUGAAUUUGCUGUUGAAAUCACUUACCCCGAAUCUGAGGGCACUUCGUCGGGUCUUCUUAAUGCUGCUGCGCAGAUAUUUGGAAUUUUGUUCACACUGGCUCAAGGAAAGCUCACAUCAGACUACAGCCCUAAGGCAGGAAACAUUUUCCUCUCUGUUUGGAUGUUUGUGGGGAUCGUUUUAACAGCGUUAAUCAAGUCCGAUCUGAGAAGACACAAUAUAAAUAUAGGAAUUACAAAUGGCAAUAUUAAAGCUGUCCCGGUAGAGAGUCCCACAGAGCAAGAAUCAAAAGCUGCUAUGCUGUUCGAGCAGUCAGAAUCAGCGAUUUGAGGUGGAAGGGAGCGGUAGUGUCACGUGAUAAUGAGCACAUUAUCACGGUUUUUAAGUGACGGGAGAUGAGCACUGACUUGUACUGUGUGGCCCGGAAAUGCAGUCCCCGUGUUUGGUUCCUUGUUACCUUAAGCAAUAUUUUAUUUAGAGUGCUUUUGUUUACAUCAUCUUAACACUACCGUUUCCCUAACAAGCGUCCCAUUUUGCAUCUCAGAUGGUCGACCUGAAAGUAAGCUUCUUGACAUUUCUUGGUCAACAGGACAUGGUUUUCUCUUUUUGUAGAAAACGGAAGUCUUGAUGGCUUUCUCUCAUAAUCGCGUGGAGGUCUGAUCCUGUUCAGUCACCUAAGAGCAUAGUUUGUAAGAAUGUCCGGGAGAACCAUGUGCACUGUGUGCUCCUGACCCGCUCGCUCCCUGUGCCCCUGUGGGAGCCCCCCCACCCCGACCUCCGUGCGAUGCGGUGUGGCAACACGCUGCUUCCGGUCGGUGCUGGGACAGGGCUUCCAGACAGCUGCUAUGACUGGCCUGUCUCUUGUAUUCUCGUUACAAUGCGCUUUGUAACAGGUACGGUCAGUGGCCAUAGAAUCCGUUCGGUGCGGUCAGCUCCGGUCUCCUGUCUGAUGAGGCCGAGGAGCCAGACACGCCGUGAUCCUGAGUUCUCUGCUGUGCCUUCCUUCAUGGCAGACGUGGUAGCACUGUGUUUUUUCACUCUAGUGUGAGACAGAAGUUUUGUACCUGUUGGCUUUUUCACUUGUUCCUUUUUUUUUUUUUUUUUUUGGUGCAGUAUAUAACUUUCUAGUAGGAAAAUGCCAUGCUCUGUGUUACUGGCUUUUCCAUCACUCCUUGUGUCACAUAGUAUACUUUCACCUUGAGGAGUCCUGAGAUAAGGAACUCUCCGCUCCGCCUGGGCGUUCCGACUCCGUGGGGACCUCUUCAAGUGCUGUGCGUCCUCCUUCUCCCGUGUCAUUUUUGUGACCCUUCUCCUCUGAGAACUACGGCCCCGGGCGCGUGCUCCCUCCAUGUGUCGAGAGAGGGGCCCCUUGUCCUCACCGCAGACUGCACAGUGUCCACCCUACAGGGACAGUCCACUCUGUCACACGCUCAGGGUACGCAGACCAGGACCAAAUGUGUCUCCACAGUGCCUACCUCUGCCUGCUGUUUACAGUGCGAAUUUAAAUGUUGUUGGCGUUCUGAUUCUCAGAGCUGAUGCGGGAACAUGGUCUUCAGAGUAAUGACGUUUGAACAGCCAUAGUACUUACGUGAUGUCCACACUCACAGCAAGAGCCAAUCAGGGACACCCUUGGUGCCUCGGAAGGGAGUGACACCUCUGAUCUGGGCACAGCGCUCCAUUGCUUCUCCCUGAAACUCAGCAUCGUCUGUCACCAACCCAAUAGCCCCUCACGUGGAAGCUUCCCCGGUGGCCGUGUCAUCAGAACAACUUUACUGGGAACCGUGAGCUCCCGGUCCACGCCCUGGAUCUGUUUCUAGCUGUCCCUGUCACUUUCUGGGCAGCAUUUCCUUCCUCCAUGGAAGGAAUGAAUGUGUUCGGUGUGACCUCAAAGGUCUUUAUAAAGUUUUAGAUGCCAUUCACCUGGGGUGGACCAAAUCACGGCACCAGAGGAACUCAGAUACAGUGGAGACGGUCCCUAGGCAAUUGGGAUAAACCACCGUGGUCAUUACUCUGUGGACAUAGGGAGUAUAAAAUCUGCUUUUAGCCUUUUAAUUCAGUUGCUGGUAGCUCAGGCAGAGUAUGCUGACUCAUUACCUUCCUUAGCUGUUGACGGCACAGGU